AUGUAUUCAACAACUCCAUUGGUAGAAGUCGAUAACAAAAUGGAAGUACCUUCGUCUAUAAAAGAACGUCUAGCAAAGGCAAAUCAAGCUCAUUUACUCGACUAUUGGUCAGAAUUAACCAAUGGACAACGGCAAACCCUAUUGCAUGAUAUUAAUGAGAUUGAUUUCGAUCGUGUCACAAAAGCGUACAAUGGUAUAAAACAUGAGUUGACAGAAAAUCAUGCUGGUGAAAAUGUACAACAAGAAAGUAUCGAUGAUCUCAUGGAACCAGUGCCUGAUAGUGUAACAGGAUCUGUCAAUGAUACCAAUAAAGAACUGCUGGAACACUAUCGUCAACAAGGUUUGAAAGCCAUUUCCGAAGGCGCUGUAUGCGUGUUAUUGCUUGCUGGUGGACAAGGAACUCGUUUGGGUGUUGAUUAUCCAAAAGGAAUGUACAAUGUAGGUUUACCAUCGAAGAAAACACUUUAUCAGAUUCAAGCCGAACGUAUUCGCCGACUUGAACAACUAGCUAAUGAACAGUUCCAAACAACAACAUCGACCAUUCCAUGGUUUAUUAUGACGAGUGAACAUACCCAAGAGCAAACUGAAAAAUUUCUUCAUUCGAAUGAUUAUUUCGGUUUAAAACCUGAAAACAUCAUUCUUUUCGAACAGCAUAUUUUACCAGCAUUGAAUUUUCAAGGCAAAAUCUUAAUGGAUGAGAAAUAUAAAUUAACAAAAGCAGCUGAUGGAAACGGUGGUUUAUACCGGGCAUUGACAUCGAAUAAAAUCUUAGAUGAAAUGGAUAAACGCCAUAUUAAAUAUGUUCAUGUUUAUUGCGUUGAUAAUAUUCUUGUUCGUCUGGGUGAUCCCGUUUUUAUUGGAUUUUGUAUCCAGCAAAAUGCUGACUGCGCGGCAAAAGUAGUGAAAAAAGCAUUUGCUAAUGAAGCUGUUGGAGUUAUAUGUAAAGUUCGUGAUCGCUAUCAAGUUGUUGAAUAUUCUGAAAUCUCUCAGAAAACAGCCGAACGGACCAAAGCUGAUAACAGCGGCGAUUUGCUAUUCAAUGCUGGAAAUAUUUGCAAUCAUUUCUUUACAGUCGAUUUUCUUCACGAUGUUUGCAAACAUCACGACGAUGAACUUCGAUAUCAUGUGGCGAAAAAGAAAAUUCCAGCCAUUGACAAAGUUGGCAAGCGAAUUGACAAGCCAAAAGAUAUCAAUGGAGUUAAAUUAGAAAAAUUCGUCUUUGAUGUUUUUCCCUUUGCAAAAACGUUUGCUGUUUGGGAAGUGUGUCGCGAAGAUGAAUUUUCACCGUUAAAAAAUGGUUCAGGACCAAAGGAUACGGCUGAAACAUGUCGAAGAGACUUAAUACAUCAGCAUAUUCGAUAUCUUAAACAGGCGGGUGCUGAGAUAACGGAGUCAGAUGAAACUAUUUGUGAAAUCUCUCCUCUUGUUUCGUAUGCUGGAGAAAACUUAGACCUUGUCAAAGGGCAGACAUUAAAUUCUUCGAUUGUUAUCGAUGUUGAUAUCAAAACACAAAAACCUGAAAUUAUCGUCACAUCUAAAAAUUCUUCUUAA